AUGCACAAGCUUCUAUCAAUCUUUCUAGUUGUAUUCUCACUCACCAUUUUCUACGUUGAAUCGGGAGUUUUACCAGUUUCAUCAACUGAAGUUGCAGUAAUCGAAAAAUCAUUGGAAAGUUCUGAAACAUCAAUCGAUACAUUAGGAAGUUCUCGCGUAAAAAGAAGUGGUUGUGGAUGUGGAUGUGGAUGUUGUUGUUGUAGACCAAAGUAAAUUUAGAAACAAAAGUCUACAGUAAUCCGAAUAUAUUUCAGAUGCUGCUGCUGUUGUCGCAGAUGUUGCACUUGCUGCAGAACAUGUUGUUGCACAAGAUGCUGCACUUGUUGUAGACCUUGUUGUUGUGGAUGUGGAUGUGGAUGUGGAGGAGGAUGCGGAGGAGGAUGCGGAUGUUGCGGAGGUAUUUGAAAUCCUUAAUUAGAUUUUUAAAACAUUUUCACGUGAACCUCUUAAUUUCUCACAGAAAAAAAAGAAAUAAAAAUGAUCCAUAAAUAAACGUGACCGUUAGAAUGGUCGCAUUUUCAGGAUGUGGAUGUUGUGGAUGUGGCGGAGGAGGUCGUAAAAGAAGAUCACUCCAAAACUUGCGAAUCGCGUUAGCUAACAAGCUCGAAGGACUUGCUGGAUUUGUAUCUCCAAUCAACAAUCACCCAACAAUUGAGGAGAAAAAAGCACUGAUUAAUUAA